AUGGACUAUCCUAAGGCCGGCGGCAUUCUGACCCCAGAUUUCUUCGGCGAAGGUGUUGCGACAUAUUUCAAGAUGGCCUUGAAGGGCAAACCGCUUCAGUUGGGCGCGACUAGCGACAUCGUGGGGGAUGAUGGUUUUUUGAACCCCGAGCAUUAUCAGGAUAAGGCGAUCUCCCUCGCUGGAGAUGAGUUGACGUUCGAUCAGAUGGCACAAGUGUUCUCUCGUCAGAUGGGCCAGACUUUGCCCCCGACAUUUCCAAUCUGCUCUUUGUUCAUGGCCUCUCUGAAGGAUAUGGGAUACAUGUUAAAAUGGUUUCCUGACGAAGGGUAUGGAGCCGACAUUCAAAGCCUGCGGGGGAUUCACCCUGAGAUAAAAACUCGACACUUGUCUUGA